UUUCCUGCUUAUCUUAUUAAUUACAUUUAAAAAUUAAAAACAAUGUCUUCAAAAUUUUGGGCAGAAUUAUCUAACGAUUACGAAAAACUUUUUGAGUCAGAAAUUGGAUAUGACGUUAUUAUUUAUGCUGGUGAAGAGCAAUAUGUUAAGGAAAUUCAUGCUCAUUCAAAUAUUUUGUGCAUUAGGUCUCAAUAUUUUCGCUCUGCUUUUUCUAAUGAAUGGGCUGAGAAAAAAGAUGGAAAAUUUAUUUUCAAAAAACCUAACAUUUCUCCACAAUUAUUUAAUAUUAUCCUUAGGUUUAUUUAUUGUGGAAAUAUUGAAUUAAAGAAUUUACAAGGUCCUGAUGUAUUG